AUGGAUGCUUCCAACAGUUGCCUUUCGUCAGAACUCAAGCGCUCCUGCGAGGAGUGCAGCUCGUCCAAAGUCAAGUGCAGUCAAGACAAGCCAACGUGCAAACGUUGUCGAAAACAAAGGACGGCGUGUAUUUAUGCGCCGGCGAAGCGAAUCGGACGACCUCGCAAGAUUCGGAAAGACGAGUCCUCUCAGCCCCCAACUGUUCGGCUGUUGGCGAGUGCUGCAUCCAGACAGGGCGAUGUUGACCCGCCACCACCACAGUCAACCUCUCCUCUUUCAGACUACAGCAUAGAUCAAGCGGUUCUCAGUCAUGGCCAGGGUGGUCUAGCUCCGAUUACCUGCUUUGGUCUCGAUGGUGCUGCACACUUUGCUACCGAGUGCCACUUUAUCGAUCAUGGCUGGUCAACUACUGCGCAAGAUAUGGAUACUAUUUGGGACACGGCGUUAGAUAGUUGCUUUGACAGCAGCGACGCCGAGCUCGGGAGCUACGGCUUCCAAGGAGGGAACUGUGGCGUUGUGAGCUCUGUCUGGAAACAGCAGAAAACCCGUCGCACGGCGGAUUCUCAAAAUUUCUACAAGAGUAAAGACUUGCAAAUGAAAGAGGCUGAGAGCGCGCUGUGGUUAAUUUAUAAUGAGGACGUGCAAUUCGGUACUUUGUAA